CCCAAGGCUGCCCUGACCCGAGCCCGGGAGCGCCAGCAGCCGCCGCCGCCGCCGCCCCUCGGUCCGGUCCUCCGCCACGGCCCCCUCCCCUUCCCCGGCCAUGAGGAGGGACGAGCGGGAGCCCCUGGCCCCGGGCUCCCCGCCGGACGGCCGGAGGAACGGCUACGUGAAGAGCUGCGUGAGCCCCCUGCGGCAGGAUCCCCCGCGCGGCUUCUUCUUCCACCUCUGCCGCUUCUGCAACGUGGAGCUGCUGCUGCCCGCGGGGGGCCGCGAGGCCCCGGCCUCCCCGACCCUGCAGCGGCAGCACUUGCAGCAGCAGCAGCAGCAGCAGUUGCAUUUGCAACAGUUGCAGCAGCAGCAGCAGCAGCAGCAGCAGUUGCAGCGGCGGGGCUCCCCCUGGUCCCGGGCGCGCCUGUGGCUGGGCGCCCCGGCCGCCUUUGUCCUGCUGUCCGCGCCGCUGAUGUGGUGGGCGGGGGGGAGCGUGCCGGCCCGCCUCUCGCCCUGCCUCAGCCCCCUGCUGAGCAUCGCUUGUGCCUUCUUCUUCCUCACCUGCUUCCUCCGCCGGGCCAAGGGGGACCCGGGCCGGACCGGCGGCUUCUGGUGGCUGCUGGCCCUGCCCGCCUGCUGCUACCUGGGGGACCUCCUGGUGCUGCAGCAGGGGGGCCGCCUGCCCUGGGGGGACGGCGACCGGGACCCCCCGGACCCCGCGGCCGCCGCAGCCGCCCCGCAGCCCCCGGCCCCCCAGCUGCAGCUGGCGGUGGCGGGCCGGCUGGUCCUGGUGCUGAGCUGCGUGAGCCUGCUGACCCUGCUGCACCCCGCCAGGCUCCAGCACAGCAUCCUGGCGGUGCUCUUCUCCAGCCUGGCCUGGUGGGUGUCCUGCACCAGCCUGGGCUCCCUGCCCCCCGCCCUCCGGCCCCUGCUGGCCUGCCUGGUCGGAGGGGCCGGCUGCCUCCUGGCCCUGGGCCUCGACCGCUUGUGGCCCGGCAGGGAAGCCCCCCACCACCAGCCCUCCCUCCACCCCCGGCUGCCCAGCGCCGGGGAAGACAAAGUGCCUGUCAUAAGACCCAGGAGACGGUCCAGCUGCGUGUCCUUAGGAGAAACCUCCACCAGCUACUACGGCAGUUGCAAAAUGUUCAGGAGACCCUCGUUGCCUUGCAUUUCCCGAGAACAGAUGAUUCUUUGGGACUGGGACUUGAAGCAGUGGUAUAAACCCCAAUAUCAGAAUGCUAGCAGUGGAAAUGGAGUUGACCUUUCCGUGCUUAAUGAAGCUCGCAAUAUGGUGUCAGACCUCCUGCAUGAUCCAGCCCUCUCUCCCCAAGUGAUCUCUUCCCUUCGAAGCAUUAACAGCUUGCUGGGUGCUUUCUCAGGCUCGUGCAGGCCAAAGGUUAAUCCAUUCACACCAUUUCCCGGCUUUUACCCCUGCCCCGAAACGGAAGACCCAACCGAAAAAGGAGAUCGAAAACUUCACAAGGGACUAAAUAGUAGAAGUAGUUUACCAACAUCACAGCUGAGGAGAAGUUCGGGAGCCUCAGUCCUGCCACCAGUUGAACAGACAUCUUCAAAAUGGGAUCGCAAUAAUGGCAAAAGAGCUCAUCAAGAAUAUGGUAUUUCCAGCCCAGGGUCCCAUCUUAAUGGGCCUUUCUGUUCAAACCUCCUGACAAUUCCAAAGCAAAGGUCAUCCUCAGUGUCACUGACCCAUCACCUUGGUCCCCGACGAUCUGGUGAAGAAGGAAACCCUAGUAUUUCAAAAGAAUCAGUCCAUCUUACCGGCCCCCUGCAAGAAAAAGGAACAGAGAUGAGGGACUGCAGAAAAUUUCCCCUCCAUAGUGACAGUCAACUAACGGAAGAAGCACAGAAUGAUCCGCAGCCAAAUACUGAACAGGAGUCAGAACUAAUGUUAAUGGAAGAUCAUGAAUCGUUAAUGGAAAAGAUGAGCAACUGGAACUUUCAAAUUUUUGAACUCAUGGAAAAAAUGGGAGGCAAAUCAGGAAGGAUCCUCAGCCAGGUAAUGUACACCCUAUUUCAAGACACUGGUUUGUUGGAAAUAUUCAAAAUUCCCAUUCAACAAUUCAUGAAUUACUUUCAUGCAUUAGAAAAUGGCUACCGAGACAUUCCUUAUCACAAUCGAAUUCAUGCUACAGAUGUCCUUCAUGCAGUUUGGUACCUGACCACCCGGCCCAUUCCUGGAUUUCAGCAGACCCACAGUGAUCAUGUGACAGGAAGUGACACAGAUUCUGAUAGUGGAAUUACCCCUGGUCGGGUUGCUUAUAUUUCCUCAAAGAGUUGCCCUAUAUUGGAUGACAGUUACGGGUGCCUAGCAUCAAACAUUCCCGCUUUGGAGCUGAUGGCACUCUACGUAGCAGCUGCCAUGCAUGAUUAUGACCAUCCGGGGCGGACAAAUGCAUUUCUUGUGGCUACCAAUGCACCUCAGGCUGUUCUAUACAAUGAUCGCUCCGUCCUGGAAAAUCACCAUGCUGCAUCAGCGUGGAAUCUCUUCCUGUCUCGCCCAGAAUACAACUUCUUAUCUAACUUGGAUCACGUAGAAUUCAAACGUUUUCGUUUCCUAGUCAUUGAAGCAAUCCUUGCGACAGACCUCAAAAAGCAUUUCGAUUUUCUGGCGGAAUUCAACACUAAGGCGAACGACGUAAAUAGUCACGGUAUAGAGUGGAGUAAUGAGAACGACCGCCUCUUAGUCUGCCAGGUGUGCAUUAAAUUAGCCGAUAUCAAUGGUCCAGCCAAAGUUCGAGAUCUGCAUCUGAAAUGGACCGAAGGCAUUGUCAACGAAUUUUACGAGCAGGGGGAUGAAGAAGCAAAUCUUGGUUUGCCCAUCAGUCCCUUCAUGGAUCGUUCUUCUCCUCAGCUGGCAAAACUCCAAGAGUCUUUUAUUACACACAUAGUAGGUCCCCUGUGCAAUUCUUACGAUGCUGCCGGAUUGCUUCCUGGCCAGUGGGUGGAAGAAGAGGAUGAUGACACUGAAAGUGGUGAUGAUGAAGAGGAGGAGGAGGAAGAAGAGGUGGGUGAAGAGUUGGAUACAGAAGAUGAAGAAAUGGAAGACAAUCUCAAUCCAAAGCCAAAAAGAAGAAAAGGUAGGCGGCGAAUAUUUUGCCAGCUAAUGCACCACCUGACAGAAAACCAUAAGAUCUGGAAGAAGGUGAUCGAGGAAGAAGAAAAGGGUAAAACCGACGGGAAUAAACUGCAGGUGGAGACUUCGUCCUUAUCUCAAACCGAUGAGAUUCAGGUGAUCGAGGAAGCGGAUGAAGAGGAGGAACGACAGUUUGAAGAGUGAAAGCACCGCGGGGGCUCCAGUGGAGCCCAUGCCAUUGUCGGGAACCCCAGACUUGGCUGUCACUGUGCAGACUCUAGACUGACAUGUCAUGUAAUGUCGAAAGGCCUUAAUACUGUGAGCGGAUUCUUGCAGCCCAGCAGUCUCCCACUCCUAUGCACUUUCACCACAUGGAAUAUAAAACUCGAUUCGAAGAUCGAAUAGCGCCUACCAAGACGCAAAAUCCUUAAAUGCCUUUGUGGGUGUACGGAUCCUUUAUCCUAAUGCUGCCUUGCUUGAACACAGAGCUCUUAUUUUCCAUGAGGUACCUACAACUUUAAAAAAAAAAGUGACUUCAGUUACCAAAGUGGCCACAACUUUUUUUUUUUUUUUGCUUCUGUGGGCCUGUGUAGAAACGAACGCAGAUCUUUGUGGCUCUUCUAGCCCUGGGGGUCACCGUUCAGGGCGAGGGUCUUCCUUGCGGCUUGGCAGGGCGAUGGCCGUGCAGGGAGAAUUAUGUUUUGGACUUUUGAUGAUGAAAAGAAUCCAGGUGCAUCAAUUGUGAUGCUUUUUACUGUUGUGUAGAUUCUGCUAUGUAUUUUACUUUGCUGAAGAUAUUCAGGUUUGCAGUGUGCCUCCAAGUACUUUGUUUUCAAGCCACAUCAUCCCUUAUCGACUUGAUGUCCUGUGGUAGAAUUUCAAAACUGUUCUGUUCUAACAUUGAAGGGAUUUUAUUUUUUAGUCUAUACUGCUAGGUUUUGUUGGGUUUUUUUCACUCUGACUCAGGUUUCGUGUUUUUAAAACGUGUAGGAACUUUCCACACAGAUUUUACAUAAGCUAAAAUCCUGUCCCAAUGUUGAUUUGCAUUGUUGAUAAAGAGAAUAUCAUUUCCACUUCGUUUAUAACUUUUGAGACAGAAGUACCCCAAAUUGAAGCGGUGAUCUUCCCUUAUUUCCUCAAAUAUUCCGAUUUUGCAAAACUUAAUAUAAACCACUCCUGCUGAAGGUAUGGAAUAGAAAUGCUAAAGGAUAUUUUUUUAAAAAGCAUGUAUACAUUGAAUAAAGAACAUGGUUUUGUGUUGAACUGAAACACAGUCAUCUCCAGACUAUUUCCUAUUUGACAGUGCCGUGGAAAAUUGUGUAUAUUUUUAGUUUCCAUAACAAACACACACAUUUUAUUAUUUCCUGCCAUUCCCCCAUUUACAUUUGGGCUAGUGCACAUGAAGUGUGUGAAAUGACUACUAUUUUCUUUUAGUACCCAACAGCUGUCUAGUUUCAGUACCGCAGAGUAGUGGAAAGCCCUUUUUUAUAGACAAUCUGAAUAUUUCAUGGAACCAUUUCUCAUACAGAAAUUCUUGCUUGAACGACUGCCACUGUAAAAGAUCAUUGGUAAGAAAAAAACACAUCCAGCUCUGACACAAUGUUUGCAAAGAGAUUACAAAUAUGAAAUUUUCUUAUAGGAAGGUGUACCAUGUUAGUUUCCAAACAGUGCAUCGUCUAAUGCCGCAGAAGUGUUUAAGUUCUGCACAGGAAAAUGCCAAUAUGACCUGAAAAUGAAUCUCAGCUAAUAUGUGUUUCAUUAUUCUCGCAGACUGUAUCAGAAUGUAUCUGUUUAUAUACGUGCAGAUUAGGUCAAAAAGCCAUUAUUUUCUCAAAGAUAGACUUGUAAUUGUGAUCAGACUGGGACUUGGGGUAACCCAAUCACAGACUGCAGUUGGGGAAUGGGGAUGGAGGUGGUUCUGAUUUGGGGGUUGGAGGGAGAGCCCGGAGCGUUCGGGGGCUCAGACGGAAGUCUUUCUUCGGCAGUCUGGAAAAUCACUAAAACAUUUCCUUGUUAUUUAUUCUACAGUCAGUGCCAAAAUCCCUUCUGCCACUAUCAUUGCUACUCCCACGUCAUUUGUAACAUCUAGGUAGUAUCCCCACCAAAUAUGCCUAUGAGUAAUAAAAUUUAGAACUUUGAAACUGA